AUGGCGAAAGACGUUGUUAAGAGUUGCCUGAGUUGUCAGAGUACUUUUGAUAGAACAUACGAUGAGCCGUUACGUCCAACGCCAUUACCACCGAAUGUCUGGCACACAAUAUCAGUCGAUUUUAAAGGUCCAUUAAAGGAUGGGAAAUAUAUAUUGGUCGCGUAUGAUCUCUAUAGUCGGUAUCCAAUCGUGGGAUAUUGCAAAUCAACUUCGUUUAAAAAUGUCAAGCCAAUUUUAGACUCAAUGUUCGCUACUUUCGGACAAGUACAUACUGUUAAGACUGACAAUGGACCACCGUUCCAAGGACACGAAUUUCGUGAGUAUGCGAAGAAAAAAGGAUUCAGUCAUCACAGAGUCACUCCCAGACACCCACGAGCGAAUGGAGAAUGCGAGAGGUUUAUGCGUAACCUAAACAAAGCGGUACGUAUAGCGGAGAGAGAAAAUGUCGAUUAUCAAGAUAGGAUCACUGGCAUGCUGGAAGCUUACAGAGCAACGCCACAUCCCUCUACAUCAAAGAGUCCAUACCAGUUAAUGUUUGGUCGGAAAAUGAAUCUGAGUUUCUUUCCAAUUCGAGACAAAGUGCUUAUGAAAGAUCGUAGGACCGAUCGCCUAAAACCCGAAGUUGGUACGGUAGUUUGCAUUAAUGAUUACGCCGUAACCGUGCGAUUUCAAAAUGGAAAAACGUUCAAGAGAAACAAAUCGCAUCUAAAAGUGAUUAACGAAGCCGUGACCCCGAGUUAUCAAGAAAAAUCGAAAGAGAACGUGAAAAAUAUUGACGAGAAGCAGUCAAAAAGAAUUGAAGAUUAUUACUCGGAAAGUGAUACAGAUGAAGAAAAUAAUGAAACGACGAACCAAACCCAAAGGACAAGAUACGGAAGAGAAGUUAGAAAACCAGAAAGACUUGGAGAAUGGACCUACUAUUGA